AUGGCCAGCGACCAGUACCUCCUGCAGGUGGCGGACGCAGGCAACCACAGCGGCCACCCUCCCACUCGCGGCUCUGGCGCAUCUGCGAAGGCAUCCACGGCAGAACAGCUGCAUCCCCCGAUUGACCCCUUUGCCACUGAGAGCCUGGACGCCUCCACCUUGGCGCAGCACCUCAUGUCCCUCGUGGUGGUCCUGCCCCCGAGCCUCGUCCUUGUCGUGUGCGGCCGGAUCCGUGGCCUCCUCGGCUCCCCGGCCCAGAGCUUCCCCCGGCUGCUCUUCAUGGACUGCCGCUUCUUGUUGGGGGGCCCCGCUGCUCUGAGCGUGGGGCCCACCCUGGCCGUUGAGCUGCAGCAGGCGGGGGCGCCCUGGAUCACCCUGCCAGCCACCCACCCGCUGUCCCCAGCUGCCCACGGCUGGCUGUCGCUGACCGUGGGUUGGAGGCUCCUCAGGGCCUUUGUCCCCGUCCUGGUGCCGCUGCUCCUUCUGAGGGGCCGGCGCUCCAGGACCCGAUCCUGGUCUGCAGCUCCCUGGGGAAUGUCUGUGAUUGUCAGGGCCGUGUGGGCCCCUGAACAAGCAGGUUCAGGGCCCUCCUGA